GUGUUUUUACCCUCAAUUUGCAUAAUAAGAGAAGAAGAGGGCGGACUCCCUAUAAGUCCCGUGGUUUUUAUCCUUCACAUCGAAGGGGUUUUCCACGUAUAAAAAUCGUGUGUCGUUUGCAUCUUUAUUCUUCAUAUUUGAUUGUGGUUUAUUUGAUGUGCUGCUGAUUUUGUGUGCUUGGUUAAUCAAUUGUGGUAAUUUGGGUCAAGAGUGUUUGGUUGGUUGUCUUGAAAUUGAUCCUUGUAGGUGCAUCCUACUUGUUACUUCUCUCCCAACACAAAGUAUAACACAGUUUGAUAAAAAAGUCAAAGUAAAAUGAAUACUUUCCAGUGUACAGAGUGAUCGUGGAGGGCGGGAAGUUAGUUUACAAGGAGAGUGCUCUCUCCUGACCACAGAAGAAGGGUCAAAAUGGAUAUUUGUGCUCAGCACUACAAGGGCUCUUUAUGUGGGGAAGAAAAAGAAGGGUGUUUUUCAGCACUCCAGUUUUCAGGUUUCUCUCUGGACUGCCACUUCUGUUGCUGGUAGACUCGUUGCUCAUGCUGGGAUUCUUCAGGCAAUUUGGCCAUACAGCGGGCAUUAUUUGCCGACAGAAGACAACUUCAAGGAAUUCAUCACAUUUCUUGAGAAGCACAAAGUUGAUUUGACCAAUGUCAAGAGGUGCUCUAUAGAUGAUUAUGAUGGGCUAUCAUCCGUUAUCGACUCCGCCUUCACGGCGUUGAAGAAGGAGAUGACCUGCUGCUAUGAGACUUGACCCGCUGCUAUGACUAAACUGGGGGCUGCUGCUACUACGGUUGUGUUUGCUGCUACUAUGGCUGUGUUUGUAUUUUGAACCCUUUUCAACAGGUUUUGAGCUGUUACUAAUUAUUAUUUUAUUGAUGUAAUUAUAUGAUGUAGUCUAGGUUUAAACUUGUCUUUUAUACACGUAACCAUUAUUAUGGUUAAACAUUUGACAUUGAUGUAGUUGUUUGAUUACGGAGCUUGUUGAGCUUAAGUUAUUAGCUUUCAACGAUCACAAAUUCUGGGAGACAUGGAGGAAGGAGCCAGUGUUUCCAGGCCACCCUUGUUGCGUGGUCACAACUACAAGUUCUGGAAAGGGCGUAUGAGGGCUUUCCUGAAAUCACAAGGAGGAGGAGUAUGGAGAACUGUGGAAACUGGCUGGACAGAACCAGUAAAACAUUCAGAUGAUCUGUCUACAACUACUGUCAAGAAAUUUGAAGACUAUAGCAGAACUGAAGUCCUUGCUGCUGAGCAUAAUGAUAAAGCCUUAAAUGCCAUUUUUGGUGCAGUUGAUGUCACACAAUAUCGUCUCAUCUCAAACUGUGUUAGUGCAAAGGAAGCAUGGGAUAUUCUUGAAGUCACACAUGAAGGUGAUGAGAAGGUCAAAACUACAAAGUAUCAGAUUCUCAUGACACAAUAUGAAAAUCUACGAAUGGAUGAGAAAGAAACUAUCGUAGAAUUCCAUGGAAGAGUCUGUGACCUUGCAAAUCAAGCAGCCAGAUUACAAGAGCCGUUUCCAGAAUCAAAACUUGUUCUAAAGGUGCUGAGAUCACUACCAGAGAGGUUUGAUUUGGAUGUCAAGGCAAUCUCUCAAUCACAUGAUGCAAAAAAGAUGACUCUUGAUGCUUUAAUGGGUAAUCUUGAAACAAUUGAACUAAACAUGAAGGAGGAUAGCAAGAGACGAAAACCAGAGAAGCAAAUCGCCUUUCUAGGAACAGAUCUGGAGAAUGAUAAUGAAGAUGUUUUAGCAUUUGAUGAAGAAUUCCAAGAACAGCUGUCCCUAUUCACAAAGCAGUUCAAAAAAAAGACUGAAUGUGCAAACAACCUUAAGAAGAAGAGACAAGCUUUUUCAAUAACCUGUAGUGAUGAGGAUACUGACGAAGAUCAAGGUUGUGAGGAAAGCAACUGUGCUUUUAUCUCACAAUCAGAUUCAGACAAUCUAGUUGAGCAACACAUGGAUCUUCAAGAAAAGUGGAUUGAACUACUUAUGGUUAACAGAAGAAAUACAGCAGAAAAGAAUCAGUUGGCAUGUGAUCUAAAGAUUCUGAAGCAGAAUCUAGAGAAAGCAGAAACAGAUAAUGCAGAUCUGAAAUUUGAACUACAAAAACUCAAGGACUACAUUAAGUGGAUGAAAAUAGCUGGAGCUGAAGUACUGGAUGCACAAGAGAUAAUGUUCAAAGCACCUGGAGAUAGACAAGGAAUUGGAUCACACCCACUUCUCUCAGAUGAUGAUGGAUUGUAUCUUCUAAUUUUGCAACCAUCUGAAGUGUUGCGAUUGGAAUACACUCCAAUCAAUCUAGAAGAAUCCACAAAAAACCCUAACACAAAAGGGGGAAUCUGUGAAGAGGAAGUUCUGGGAGAGAUUCUUGAAGAAGAAGAACCAAUUGUUGCAUGCUUGGCAGUUCCCUUUCAAGAUUCUGCAUGCAACACAAAGGGAGGAGACACAAAAAGGAGAAGCGACACUGGACCUACCCGAUGGUCUCUGAGACAGACCAGAUCUCUUUAUCACACAGAAAAUUCACAAGAGGAGAAAACGGAAGUCAAAGAGUCAGAGAAAAGGGAGAAGAAGAUGAAGCCUCAAUCUGAGCCCAAGAAGAGAAAAGAAAGUGAGAUUUGUCCUUCGCCAAAACUUCCAGUAAAGAGAAGAAAAUCCACACCAGAUGCUCCACCUUCAUCCAGACGGGAGACCAGAAGUUCAAAGAAUUCACCAUCAAGCUGCACGCCAGGGAAGCAAUCUGUUAAACUCUUUCCCUCUAGUGUUGCAACAUCUCUUUUUCUUGAUAUUGUGAAAAAAUCAAUUAUCCCUCAAAGAAAUCUUGAUGUGUCUGACUUAAGAAAGAAAACAAACCUCCUGCCCACACUUAGAUCAAACAAAUUGCUAAAAUCUGUCACUCUCCCUGGUUCAUAUGUGAAGAAAGUCAUUCAAGAAUUUUACUGCAAUUUAACUGAGUCAUGUGUUACCGAAGAUGAUACCUCAUACCAGAAAGUCUUUGUUCGUGGAAAGCUCUAUGAUUUUUCUCCCUCAGUCAUAAAUUCUUUUCUUGGUACUGACCCAAAUCCAGUAAUCACUCCAAUUGAUGAGGAAACUGUGUGGAGGGAUCUCACAAAUGGACUUAAGGACUACCAACAUAGAAAGUCCAAAGUACCUUCUUCAGUGUUGAAAAGUUCUUAUGCUCUCCUUCUGAGAAUUGCUGCAUUUCACUGGAUGCCAACUACUCACACCAACAAUGUUCCAUUGUGCAUAGCCACCCUAAUCUACAGAAUCAAAAACAAUGUUCCUUUUGAUCUUGGUAGGGUUGUAUUUGAUCAGGUGAUGGCGUUUGCAGCAGAAAAAUACAAAAAGAACAAGAAUGGUCUUCCAUACCCACUGUUGGUCUACAGCAUACUGAAGGAUCAAGGCUUUGAGAAGACAGAGGAUGAAGAAGAAGAGAUCAUUCCUCCUUUACUGCAAGUGGAUGCAAGACAUCUUGAAGGAAGUCACUUCAAUGACAUGGCUGCUGCUGGAACAUCCUCAGCAGAAACGCCAAAUCUAGCUUCAGUAGAUUACCAGCUCAGCUUCCUUGAAAAAGAGAUCAAAUCCCUUCAAAUGGAUGCAGAUUAUCAUCAUGAAAUUGCCAAAAGAUCAACUGAAAGGAUGAAUGUGCUUAUCCAGAUUGCACAUAAUCUGAGGCAAACAAAGAGUGCACAGAGUAAGGGGGAGAGACUGGCUAAACAAAAGGCAGUUGCUGGACACUCAUGCACAGAUGAAGAUGUCCAAGAAGACAGUGCAGAAGAGAUAUCUUCAUCAGAAUCAGCAGGGGCCACUCAAGAAUCAUCAGAAGAUGCCAGUUCAGAGGAGUAAACAUUGUCUUACUGAUAAAAAUGUUGCUCUAAAACUUUUUUUUGGAAGGGUUGUUCUGCCCUGUUUUUAUGAUGCUGGAGACAUUGCAUGGUUUUUUUGUUAAACUUAUCUGUGCCACGUGGAGAGACAGUUUUAUUCUCCAUGUUCUCUAUGAAGCUCUGGUUAUGACUUAU